GUUCAUAUCAUGCGGUGGACCGAAGGCCCAUCACGCUGCCAUCCAAUCCAGGUCAUAUUAUAAGCCCAUCAAACUCUUUUCUCUACAAACACACUCAGCUGCCCGUCUCCGAUCCCCGCAUUUCCCCCAAACUCUCCCAAUCCGAAAUCGAGUCCGGCGCUAGGGUUCGCGCGAACGUAAUCGGAAGAGGGAAAAUGGCGAUGAGGAGGUUCUACAACGAGAUCAAGGGGCUGAAGGUGAAGGAGGUCCCCGACCAUGUGAAGCCGAUGCUCUCUCUCGACUUCGUGAAGAAAUCCGUGCAGAAGGGACUGGACAAUUACCACGCCAAGUACAUCCAGACCAGCUCCGUCGACCCGCUCUUACAUGUCUGCUUCGGCGGGAUGGUCUUCUCUUAUCUCGUCGCCCUCCCUGAAGAGCGACGCCAUCUGGAGCACCAGCAGCACGCCAAAGAGCACGGCGGCCACUGAUCUGUCUUGUUCGAUUUUCUGCAAUUCAGGUAGCGUUUGCUAUUCGUUUCUUUUUGUUUCCUCCUUAACGUGAAAGCAAGAUCCUGGGCAUUCGUUGGCGAUAACGUAUCUGUUUCGUUUAGCUGGGGAUCAUUUACAUGAAAGCAAUCGGUGCGGUAGUCUUUAGGUGGUUGUUGAUUUACCCCUAUAGAUCGUGAAUAUAAUAUCAAUGCAAUGGGCCGAUCGUAGUGAUCCACUGUUGUAUUUGAUUGGAUUGGUGCGGCUACUUUUCUCCUCUUGGAAUUUCGUCUGCUCGGAUUCGCUUGUCUGAAAUUUGGAAUUCAGUAGUUUGUCAAUACUCGAUGAGGAUCAUGCUGUUUUAUGUGGUAAUUAUUGGCUGUUGUAUGGUUAUCUGAAUAUUGAGAAUGUGAUAUUCUGUGUGUGUGUCCCCAAAUGAUCCCCGUUUUCUGUCUUUCCGUUCAUUAUUGAAACUUGAAUCUUUAAAGUUGUGUUCUGUUCUUCUGACUGAAUGUUGGGACAUCUCACAGCUCUAGUUGGUGAUAGAGUCGAGAUGGGGAAAUGGAUCAUUGUGUUCAUAGUUGUCUGCUUGUUAAUAGUUACUUGCUUUGGGAUGGAGGGAGAUGUCUUUUCGAAUGUACUUCUGUGAUGUGAACCCCUAAAGAUGCCAUUGGAUUUACCCCUAUAGUCGUGAAUUGAGUAUCAAUGACAAAUGGGCCGAUCAUAGUGAUCCACUGUUGUAUUUGAUUGGAUUGGUCGGGCUACUUUCCUCCUCUUGGAUUUUGGUCUGCUUGGAGUUUGUUUGUCUGAAAUUGGGAAUUCAGUAGUUUGUCAAUACUCAAUAGGGAUCAUGCUGUUUUAUAUGGUAAUUUGCUGUUGUAUGGUUUUCUGAUUAUCGAGAAGGGAAAUUGGAUCAUUGUGUUCAUAGUUUUCUGCUUGUUCAUGGUUACUUGCUUCAAGGUGUAGGGAGAUGUUUCGAAUUUACGUCUGUGAUGUGAAUCCCAAAAGAGGCCAUUGGAUUUGUUGGUGCACUAAGUUAAGAGUCAUUUUAAGAGAUAAAAAUGUCCACGCCCUCUAAGUUAUUGCUGAAUUUUGCAAGUUUUGUUUGAUAAAAGGAUUUAAGAGAGGAACCGGGACAUGAUUGAGCAUGGAUCAUGCCGACCCGUUCUUUCUGUUAUGUGCGGUUAUCUGAUCCUUUUGGGUUUGUUUUUAUCGUGUUAUUUCUGUGUUUCCUCUUCUUGUAAUCUUAUUUAACUAGUACCAUUUCUAGAUCUCACAAUUGAAUUGACUGUAUAUGAUUUCUUCCAAUAUUCGCUUUUGUUCGCCUAUAUAAACUCGCUUGUUUGCAACCAAAUGUAUCAGGUGCAUGCUUGCCAACAGCUAGUGCUGGCAACUAGUAGAUUUAAUUGAUGUACUCAAGUUGUUUGCUUUAUUUUGACUGUAUUUGCUAGCGAUGUAUGUUGUGCUCGUUGGCUGAAUGAGUAAUAGGGUGAUUGGUAUGCAUGCUUCUGUGAGCCCAUCAACAUUGACUCAUGUUUCUUGUUCUUGCAGAGGAUGGUUGAGCAGAAUGUCCUGAAACGGUGCUCAUGAGUUGCUUAUGAGGGUUGUUAUUUGAUAAUUUUGGAGUUUGUAGGCUGCUGGAAAGAAAAGACAGCUACCAUUUGGCCAGUGAUGACUUUAUAUGAAGUCAUGAAAUAAAUACAUUUGAAAUUGGAUUUUUCUUUAUUGCCUUGGAUUUUAUAGUACUCUGCAAACCAAGUGGCUGGCUACCAAGCGAAAACAUUACUGUUUUUCAUAUUUUGGCUUCUGUUGCUUCCAUGAAUUGACUACCUUUGUGUUGAAUUUGGAAGUUAGGUUGUACAUUUUGGUUAUGCCAAGUCAUUCUAAACUAGGGAGAAUGGAUGUCUUAUCUACUACUUUAUUAAUAAUAGAAUGUGGGAAUUGUAUUCAUCGAUCAAAAGAGGAACACUUCAAUAACAUACAUGGAUAAUC